GCAGCCCCCAAUCCCGCGCCGCCCGGACCCCCUCCUCCUCCCUCCCUUCUCCCUCCGCCCCCUCCCUGCGGGACUCCGGCGUCCCCGCCCCCCAGUCCUCCCUCCCCUCCCCUCCAGCAUGGUGCUCGCGGCCCCGCUGCUGCUGGGCUUCCUGCUCCUCGCCCUGGAGCUGCGGCCCCGGGGGGAGGCGGCCGAGGGCCCCGCGGCGGCGGCGGCGGCGGCGGCGGCGGCGGCGGGGGCCGGGGGGGAGCGCUCGAGCCGGCCGGCCCCGUCCGUGGCGCCGGAGCCCGACGGCUGCCCCGUGUGCGUGUGGCGGCAGCACAGCCGCGAGCUGCGCCUGGAGAGCAUCAAGUCACAGAUCCUGAGCAAACUGCGGCUCAAGGAGGCGCCCAACAUCAGCCGCGAGGUGGUGAAGCAGCUGCUGCCCAAGGCGCCGCCGCUACAGCAGAUCCUGGACCUGCACGACUUCCAGGGCGACGCGCUGCAGCCCGAGGACUUCCUGGAGGAGGACGAGUACCACGCCACCACCGAGACUGUCAUUAGCAUGGCUCAGGAGACGGACCCUGCGGUGCAGACAGAUGGUAGCCCUCUCUGCUGCCAUUUCCACUUCAGCCCCAAGGUGAUGUUCACAAAGGUACUGAAGGCCCAGCUGUGGGUGUAUCUACGGCCCGUGCCCCGCCCAGCCACAGUCUACCUGCAGAUCUUGCGACUGAAACCCCUAACUGGGGAAGGGACUGCAGGGGGAGGGGGCGGAGGCCGGCGUCACAUCCGUAUCCGCUCACUCAAGAUUGAGCUGCACUCACGCUCAGGCCACUGGCAGAGCAUCGACUUCAAGCAAGUGCUACACAGCUGGUUCCGCCAGCCACAGAGCAACUGGGGCAUCGAGAUCAACGCCUUUGAUCCCAGUGGCACAGACCUGGCUGUCACCUCCCUGGGGCCGGGAGCUGAGGGGCUGCAUCCUUUUAUGGAGCUUCGGGUCCUAGAGAACACAAAACGGUCCCGGCGGAACCUGGGCCUGGACUGCGAUGAGCACUCGAGUGAGUCCCGCUGCUGCCGAUACCCCCUCACAGUGGACUUUGAGGCUUUUGGCUGGGACUGGAUCAUCGCGCCUAAACGAUACAAGGCCAACUACUGCUCCGGCCAGUGCGAGUACAUGUUCAUGCAAAAGUAUCCGCACACCCACUUGGUGCAACAGGCUAAUCCAAGAGGCUCUGCUGGGCCCUGCUGUACUCCCACCAAGAUGUCCCCAAUCAACAUGCUCUACUUCAAUGACAAGCAGCAGAUUAUCUACGGCAAGAUCCCUGGCAUGGUGGUGGAUCGCUGUGGCUGCUCCUAAGGUGGGGGACAGAGGAUGCCUCCCCCAUAGACCCUACCCCUAGACCCCCAGCCCUGAUCCCCAUGCCCCCAGGCCCUUGAGCUCCCUCCACCUCUUCCCAUGAACAUCACACCUUGUUCCCUGCCCAAGCAGUGUGCAAUACAACAGAGGGAGGCAGGUGGGGAUUGAUGGGUGAGGGGUUUGGGGGACAGGGGGAAGAGGGGGCAUGGUCAGGUGGGGAGUGUUUGAGGUUUGCAAGUGAGAAGGUUUGGCAAGAAGACAGAGAGACGUAGAGACAGAGGUAGAGCAGAGGGAUAGAGACAGAGGAACAAAAAGAGCAGCAGUGAGAAGGCAAAGGGAGAGAGAGGCAGAAGAGACAGAGACCAGGCAGAGAUAAAAGAUGAGAAAGAGGCUGAAAUGGAAUAAGAGAAAGCCCCACACCCAGCCUCCUUUCUUCCACUGGCAAGGUGGGGGCUUGGUAUGGUUUGGGGAGAUCCCCUGACUACCAUUCUCAGUAGGAGGAAAUAAAAAAUCCAUUCUUAGCUUCUUCCCUUUCUCCCUCCAGCAGUGGCCAGGGGAAGGGAAGCGAGGGCAGGGGCAAAAGUAAGGAUUUUGGAAUUUUAUUUAUUUAUUUAUUGUGACUUUUCAUUUUUUGGUAUUUGGCUUUACUGAAAUAGAAGGGCCCCUGCCCACUGUGCCCCAUUUCUCCCUUAUUACCCACCUACCCACCCACUGUUCUCCCUCAAUACCCACCUACUUAAGCACUUGUAUAAAGCCUCCAGGGUUGGGAAUGGGAGUAGAGGGCAAGAGGGCUAACACAUGGAAGUUUCCAACCCAUAAUCACCCAACUUAACCUUCCUGAGCCAAAUGGGUUGAACUGAAUUCCAGCAGUCAUGGAAACUGGUAAGAGGUUAGGGUUUAGGAGCUGGAGGUGGGGAGAAGGGGAGGGGAGCACCCUCAACAUUCAGGAUCUGUAUGAGAGCCACUAAAUUAACCCUCAUAUCCACCCUCAUAGUCCUGAGUUAUUUAGCCAGAGGGUGUGGCCCACAUAUGCCCAAAUUCCCCCCAGCUAAGAGAGAGACCAAAGAGCCUGUGGAAUACCCCUACUCCCAGCCUCUAUCUUCAGGUCAAUAAAAAAAGUAUAGAGAUCCCAGAGUCCCAGGUCUGGGAAGGGUUAGGAGGAGUCAAAUUAGUAAGAAGGUUGAAGGUUACAGGGCAUUUGAAUCCAAAUCACUGCUCUGGGCUAGGGAGUAGAGCCAGCAGACCAAGAUGGAAGGGAUUCUGGAGGGGGGACAUUCUAGUUCCCCCAAACCCAAAGCUCAGGGUGGAAGGGGGGAGAACAAGGGAGCAGAGUGUCUAUAAUUAUUUUUAUCUUUUAUUUUUGGAAUCUAGCAGUACCUGGCAGCAGGGAGGGGACAAUACAAUGGGGAAGGAAAAAGCAUCUGACAAGGCCAGUUAGAGCAGAGGAUUAGAAGGAUGGAGACUCCCUGGUUUGGAAGGCUAGGAAACAGGCAGGGACUUGUUGCCACUCCAAGUCACUAGCUGGGCCUAUUCAUUCCUCCCAUAAUCCUGACCCACCAUCCUCUGGACUCACUGUGCCUCAGUUUCUUCCCCUCGAUGGAAUGAGAAAUAGCAGCACCCGCCACAGCCAAGAGAUGAAUUCUGAGCACUUACCACGGGCACUUUAUGGACAUAAAAUACCUCUCGCUGUGGGACAGAUAACCAGGGCACCAGAGUAGUGGUGAAGAGAUGUGAGGCUUAGAGGAGUCACAGGCUUCAGAGUACAAGUUCCCCUCUGCCUCCCAGCUGGACAGUGUGCCUGAAGCCAAGGAGUUGAGAUUCUCCUGAUCCACACCCUAUCCAUACCUCACCACAGACCUCUUGGCUCCAGGCAAGAGCCUAGAGGAUGUCAGGAGAGGAGAUAAAGAACCUUCAGCAAAACUGCCACUCUAAGUAGAGCCAGCAGUUAUGGGUCUGAUGCAAACAAUACCGGACUAAAGCCCGGCCUGGAGAGAUGACCUGGAAGGCCUGUUCUUCCCGAGUAUGACUCUCCUGACUGGCCCAGGUAGAAGGGGCAAAGGUAUGUGACCACUCUUGGGAAGGUGAUGUUGGUGAGCUUUAGUAUCUUCUUCCCAUUCCCAUAGUGAAAAAAUGAGAUGAGGUGUUUUGGUACAGGAAUGGGCAAGGGCUGUUAAGUAUUUCAACUCGCCUCCCAUAUAACAGCUAUGCUAACCCCCAGCCUCUCCUCUCUGGCCCUGUUCUUCAUCCUUCCUUCUACCCCAAUCUUGGAGAACAAGAUAACACCUGACAACACCAUUCACAUUUCCUUGGUUGAAGGAGAGGAACAGAGAAGUGAAGAACAGAAGAUGCCUCCUCCAAGAUCAAAUGCUCCGGUCUCCUGAUCUUGGCACAGGGUGGGGGUUGGGCAAUAGACAUCAGGUGACUUCCCUCUACAAAUUCUAGAGAGCUGAAGCAUUAGACUUGGGGGACACUUAGACUAUGCCCCUUUAACACCGCCAAAUAAUUACCUUUGUUGGGGGAGGGUCUUUUUCUUUUGAACAUAAAUCUAAGAGUUGAAAUCUCAUUUCCUUGGUCCCCCUCACCCCCAAAGAGGCAUGGGGUUAAAGAGGCUUGGAGGCACAGUCCAGCAACCUAGUGGGAACUAGCACCCCCUCUCCCACUUUAUGUUGUGUGUGGACCUGGCCAGUGCCCCUCUGAUCAUAAGUAGUGUAAUUAUUAUUUACUUUGUGUAUUUGUUACACCAUGUGUGUGAUUGCCUUUGUUUGUUAAGGGUGACUGAGGAGUAUGGGGAUGACAGGGGCACUGGAAUGCCGGGAAAGGACUUCUUCACUGAGAUCAAGGCUUCCUGGAGGGAACCAUUGCAAAAAGGCCAUCUGGCAGUUUUCAAGUUAUGUGACAGAGGGCAAGGAUGGCCAUAGGGUGCUCUGAGUUUUGGGAUGGUCACAUGACACAAUCCAGCACUUGAACCUGAAAAAAAAAAAUAAAUAAAAGCAGUCAAAGAGUUUAGAAUUCA